AUGUCCAUCAUUCUCAUCACCGGAGGAAACCGAGGCAUCGGCUUCGGCAUCGCCCAAGCGAUUGCAGGCCAUACGGUCCAGAUUGAUAUCGAGGAUAUUCAGAGCAUAACGGCGGCGGCCGAGGCUCUGGAUAAGAAGUAUGGAAAGCUAGAUGUGCUCAUCAAUAACGCUGCGAGCCUUCAGCUGCCUAAAUCCGAGAAUCUCGUUGAGCUCAAGGAGUGCUCCAACCUCAACUUCAACAACUGUGUUACGUCCAACAUCCUCGUGACUAAGGCAUUUAUCCCGCUUCUUCGGAAGAGUUCCUGGCCGAGAGUCAUUAUGAACUCUAGCGCCAGAGGGAGUCUCGGUCGUACAGCAAACAGAGGGCUUCCGCCCGUAGCUCUAAUCGAUUACUGCGUCUCCAAAGCUGCGCUGAACAUGCUGACGCUGCACUAUCAAAUCACCGAAGAUAACUACAAGGAUGAAGGGGAGAAGAUUACAUAUUGGAGCGUCAGCCCUGGCCAUACGAAGACGGCAUUCAACAACUAUAGGGGCAAAAAGGACCCGGUCGAUAGUGGAGAGGCGUUUGUGAGAUUGCUGGAAUCUGAAAAGGGUGCUAUUGCUCCAGGCACGUUUUGGGAGUUUGAAGACGGGAAAUUCCAAGAGGUUCCGUGGUAA